GAUAAAAUUUUUAAAAAAGCUUGGGCCACAAUUUGAAAUUCAUCAGGAGAGUGCCACAGAUCAGAGAAUAGGUUGAUGGAUCAAGCUGUUGUGUCAGUAUUUACACAGCAGUCUCAGCUGGAGGAAGAGGCUACUUUUGACCUGAACUGGAGAUUGAGAAGGAGAAAGAACAAUGGUCCUUGUCCUGUGGAAGGUCCAGCUGUGAUAGAAACACAUCCAGAGCCCGACAAACCCUAGAAAACAAACGGAUCACUAGGUGAUAGCAGCAUGGAUGUGUCCCAGACCUUUCCACCAGGGCCCCAUCAUGAGCCUGCAGGUGCCCCGUUGGAUACCCCCCCCUGCCCUGUAAGCCUGGCUGAGAGCUUCCUGCAGGAGGAGCUUCGGCUCAAUGCUCAGCUGAAGCAGCUGCAGUUUUCCGAGCCUGUGAGCAUUAUCUACAAUCCAGUGGAUUAUGCGUGGGAACCCCAUCGAAACUACGUGACUCGCUACUGCCAGAACCCCAAAGAAGUACUCUUCCUGGGCAUGAACCCGGGGCCUUUUGGCAUGGCUCAGACUGGGGUACCCUUUGGGGAAGUGAAUGUGGUCCGGGACUGGUUGGGCAUUGGGGGGGCUGUGCUGACCCCUGCUCAAGAGCAUCCUAAGCGACCAGUGCUAGGACUGGAAUGUCCCCAGUCAGAGGUGAGCGGCGCCCGAUUCUGGGGCUUUUUCCGGAACCUCUGUGUACAGCCUGACAUCUUCUUCCAUCACUGCUUCGUCCACAAUCUGUGUCCACUGCUCUUCCUGGCUCCCAGCGGCCGGAACCUCACUCCAGCUGAGCUGCCUGCCAAGCAGCGGGAACAGCUCCUGGGCCUCUGUGACACAGCCCUCUGCCGGCAGGUGCAGCUGCUGAGGGUGCGGCUGGUGGUGGGAGUGGGGCGGCUGGCAGAGCAGCGGGCACGGCGGGCUCUGGCAGGCCUGAUGCCAGAGGUCCGGGUGGAGGGGCUCCUGCAUCCCUCUCCCAGAAGUCCACAGGCCAACAAGGGCUGGGAGGUGGCAGCCAAGGAAAGACUUGGUGAACUGGGGCUGCUGCCUCUGCUAACGAAGUGAAUGCUCCUGAGGUGAACCGUGGUCCACGUUCAAGACCCCUCAGUCAGUUUUGCACACGCAAACGAGCACACACCUAGACUCUGUAGCCAGGAGACUUGUUCUUUGGUCUGUCUCACUGUCCUCUGACAUGCCAAGGCAAUGUCUAAUGGCUUGGUGGGUAGUGGGCAGUUACUCCUGCUGGCCUGGCUCUGAGCAUUGCCUUUCAUCUUCCAGUGGCUAAUCCACAGUGUAUCAGCAGACAUGGUCUGUGUGCGUACUGCCCAACUUCCUUGCUCCCUUCAAAGCCUCUACAAAACCGAGAGAGUCCUUGAUAGGGACUUCCAAGGCCAAAUUUUCUGUUUCAGAGAAAAAAACCU